GCGCGUGAGGGGCAGCGGAGAGCGGUCUCGCCCACCGGGGGCAGGCCAGGGAGGGAAGAGUGUAGAGGCAGGCAAUGACAAGCUACAACUGCCUGCCGUGAAACACGGUCACUCACAAACCUGCGAAGGGGGGUUGUCACGAGCGAGGAGGGCCGCACGGCGCCCGCCCUCCUCCGGGCCUAUGUGACGGAACGAGAGGCGUGUCGGUGUCCUGGCAAGACAACGGGAGCCAGCGACUGGGACCAGGUGGCAGGGCGGAGACGAGUCAGGCCGCCCGAUCCAAGGCAAAGGGGCAUCCGUGACGAAGCGCCACGUCCCUUGGAUCAGAGAAAUCAACGGAUUCCGCACAGCAACCCGCCUGCCCGCGAUUACCUGGCACGGAGAGCGCCCAGUUGACACCCAGGGCUGCGUACCCGGGCAGCUCGAGCGCGGGGCGUCCGUUGCCGGCCGCGUUCGGCCAACCAACCGCGCGCGCGCCCCCGCAGCUCCCGCUCGGCCUCGGUGACAUUGUCAGAUUCUCGCUACGUCGUGUUUUACCGAGGAGGAAAGACGUGGCGCCUAUCGCGGUAGAUGUUUAGUACGGAGAAGGCGGCCCUGGGGGCUGGCAGCGGCGGCGGCGGCGGUUCCAGAAGGAGCUCGGCCUCCCCGAGCGAAAGGGGCUCGGCGGCGAAGAACAACUGCAGCAGCCCCAGCUCAACGCCACCCGCGGAAUCGGUGCGGAUCGUCCGCGAAGAGCAGCGGCAGCCUCACCCAGAAACUGGCAAGGUUGUGGAGGGUUUGCUGAGCAAAUAUACCAAUUUGAUUCAGGGCUGGCAGAACAGGUAUUUUGUUCUGAACUGCGAGUUGGGCGUACUGCAAUACUUUGUAAAUGAGCAGUGCAAAGGUCAGAAGCCACGAGGAGUUCUAUAUUUGUCUGGUGCAGUGAUCUCGUUCAGUGAUGAAGUUUCUCACAUGUUUAUAGUUCAAGCUGCCAGUGGUGAACUGUAUAAACUCAGAGCGGGAGAUGCCAAAGAGAGAUUCUACUGGGUGAACCAGCUUCAGGCUACUGCCAAGCACCACACAGACAAUAAUGCCAAGAUUACUCCUUCAGUAAGGGCUAGAAGUUUAUCUUUACUUCCCUCUGGAGCAUCAAAUUCGGCAAAUCCUGGGAGUCAGAAGCACCUCACGCACAGUGGUCCAGGGAUUGUCACCAUUACGCACCAUAAGUCUCCUGCAAUUGCACGCCGUGCCAAGAAUCAAUGUCCAGGACGCCUUCUAGAUGUUAAAGAGAUGAUGAGCCAGGCAGAAGGACAAAUGAAGAAUCUUGUGCAUUCAAUAGAAUCUCUCCCACCUUCUGGACCUCUUUCUGCAUUGGAUCAAGAUUUGCUUCUUCUGAAAGCUACCUCAGCUGCUACCAUGAGCUGCCUUGGUGAUUGCUUGAGCAUUCUACAGCAAAGCGCACAGCAAACAGCCCAGCACAGCAAAAGAUUAUCAACAGAUAGUAUAUCAGGAUGGCAAGGACCAAGGUCACGUUCAGCUGAGCAACUGAAGAAUGGAAACGUGUGCUCUUCACCUUCUUUGCCUUCAACAAACGUAAACAUUGUGUGGUCUGGAACACCUAAUCAGGUCAACCAAGCACUCCAGCAGUCCUCUGAGCAUCAAUGUCCUGAAGUAAUAAAUCAUGAAGAUGAGAUAACAGAUAGUGAAGACAAUGUGGAAGAAGAUUUAGGAGUUAUGGAUGAUCAACGGAGUGUUAUAUUACACCUCCUUUCACAACUGAAACUUGGCAUGGACCUCACUAGGGUAGUGCUUCCAACAUUUAUUUUGGAGAAGAGGUCAUUGCUGGAAAUGUAUGCAAAUUUCAUGGCCCAUGCAGACAUGUUUGUGUCGAUCACAGCAGGUACCACAGCUGAAGAACGGAUUAUCUGCUUUGUGGAGUUUUACCUGACUUCAUUCCAUGAGGGACGAAAAGGAGCAGUGGCAAAAAAGCCCUAUAAUCCAAUAAUAGGAGAAACAUUCCACUGUUCCUGGAAUGUGCCAAAAGAUAAAGUAAAAUCCAAUGAAGACAACAGCAUUUCAACUAUUGCCAAGGAGCAGCCCGAGAUCAAACAUGCCAUUGACUCUGGCAAGGACCUUACAGAAUUCUAUAAAGUGAGGUUUACAGCAGAACAAAUUUCCCAUCAUCCACCAGUUUCAGGUUUUUACUGUGAAUGCAAGGAGAGGAAAAUGUGUGUAAAUGCACACGUGUGGACCAAGAGCAAAUUCAUGGGGAUGUCCAUAGGAGUCACGAUGGUAGGGGAAGGUGUCCUUUACCUUGGAGAACAUGACGAGGAAUAUGUUUUUACACUGCCUUGUGCCUAUGCACGUUCUAUCCUGACAGUCCCCUGGGUAGAACUGGGGGGUAAAGUCAAUAUAAACUGUACCAAGUCUGGAUACUCUGCUGCUGUCACAUUCCAUACCAAACCUUUCUAUGGAGGAAAGGUCCACAGAGUUACAGCUGAAGUAAAGCAUAAUCCUACUAACACAAUUAUAUGCAAGGCACAGGGGGAAUGGAAUGGAACCCUUGAAUUCACAUACAGUAAUGGUGAAACAAAAGUGAUUGAUACAACCAAACUGCCAGAAAUAAGAAAAAGAAUUCGACCCAUCCAAAAGCAAGGAUUGUUGGAAUCAAGGCGUCUCUGGGAACUAGUGACCAAUGCACUAAAAGUGGGCGAUAUAGAUGCAGCAACAGAGAACAAGCACCUUCUGGAGGAGCAGCAGAGAACUGAGGAGAGACAAAGAGCAGUGACAAACACUACCUGGAAACCAAAGUAUUUCAUUAAAGAGGGAGAAGGCUGGAUGUACUAUAGUCCCAUCUGGAAGGCACACUGUUGACAAGUUUGAACUUGACCUCCACCUACCUCAGAUUUCUUCCAAUUUGAAAUUGUCAUCUGAUAAUAAUUCUGAGGUGAUGUUGAAAAUUAAAAAACCUACUAAGUAACAAUGUUGUAUGCUUAUGUAAUAUAUAUAAGAAGCAAAUAUGUUGUGUACCAAAUUAAAAAUACUUCCAGGUUCACCAAAAGAAAUUUAUUCAGGUGUUGUCCUGUAUUCAUGUGAUAUCUGCAUAUGAGAUUGAAAAGUUAAUAAUGGAGAAACUUUAUUUUAAUGUUGUAAAGUUUUAUAUUUUUCACUCUCAAAAGUUUUUUUUUGCACUUAAAUAAAUGUGCCAGUGUAGACACUAAGAUACUGUUGUGAACUGUGUGACACCGACUUGGUAAACUGGCAUGCUAUUCAGCCCCACAGCGCACGCCAACCUCUUUUUACUGCAAUGAAUUUCAUUACUUUCAGAAGUUUAAUUAUUAAGCCUAGGUUCUAAAACUCAUCAGAUUGAAUAAUGUUUCAAAAAUGUGAGGUAUUUGCUGAGAAACACUGAUCUUUGUAGAUAGGAUACGAGGCUCAACUUUAUAGUUCCUAUAGGCUAAUCAGAUUUGACUGUUCAGUCAUGUGGAAUACAGAUUCAUUAAAUCCAUUACCAAAUACUUGUAAAAGUAUGAUAUCCCAAUAUCUCAUAUUGCAUUCAGAAUUCUAGAACUACCAUAAAGAUAAGCUAAGGAUUUUUAGAAAGUGCCCUUUUUGCAAAAGCAAAACAAAGGUCUCACAUUUAUUUAGCUUUGUACAUUUUUCAUUUUGUAAUCUUAAGCUUGAAGGUGUAGCUAAUCACAAAAUUAUUCCAUCAGUGGACCUCUCAUUGCUUUUGCUUCCAUGUACUUAUUUACAUUAGGCACUUUACUCUUUCUACAGAUCUAUACACCAGCAAGUCACUAAUGUCAUUGAUAUCAUCUGCCAUCCACAGUGCCUACACAUAAUAAAUGAAUAUAUAAUGAUAAGAAAUGUAUGUACUUUGCUUCAGAGCAAAUAUAAUUUAGUGGAUCACUUAGCCUUCUCCAAAUUGUAAUCUCAACUGUUUUUCUACCUAUUUGUAUUCUCCUGGUAACUUUUCACUCUUUUGAUUAUCAAGAAUCUAGCAGCUUCUGCCUUAAACACCUUAAAAGACUCCGGAACUCUCCUGCACAGUGCAAUGACUCAUGUUCUUCUUCAGAGAAGUCUAGCUCACAAGCAACCCGUUAUUUGUAAAUAGUGACCCCCCCCAACUUCAAGAUUCUUCCAUGUAAAGAAGUAUCCUUUUCACAUCAUCCUGUCAAGAUUCUUCAGAUCACUUUUCCCUUUACUUAACCCUGGCAAAUCCAAGCCUAAGCUGGCCAAUCUUCCCUCAUGACAACCUGCUCAUUUUACAGAUCAGUCUAUUUAACCUUUUCUGAACUACUUAGAACACAUCAAUAUCCUUCCUAAAAUAUGGUGAUCUAUACUGUACACAGUACUCCAAGUGAUUGUACCAGUAACUGAAGCACAUCCCCACUAUCUUUUCUAUUAAAUCUCUUCCCCCCCCCGCAAAAAAAAACAGGAACAUCUGAUCAGCCUUCCUAAUCACUUGCUGUACCUACAUACUAUCCUUUUCUGAACCAUAUAUACACUGGAACAUGGAUGUGCACCUCAGAGCUCUGCAUUCUCUCACCAAUUUACAUAAUUAUGCUUUUUUGUUAAGGAAAAUAAAUGUUUGGGAAAACCAACUGAUUGCAUAAAGUGUAAGAUCAAAUUCAAAGCAACAAGUAUCAAAAGUAGGUUUGUCACUGAACAUCAUAAAGCAAUCUUCCAAAGGGAAUCAUUUUUGGAUUUGAUUGAGGAUUGCAUACAAAUGUCAGUGCCUUUGUGUAUUCAAAUCUUAUUGUAAUACAUGUGAUUUUUAGUUUCUGAUGGUGUUCACCUCAGUAGUAAGAAUAGAGAAUUUUAUUUUAAAUGUUAAGGAGUUAGUAAUUGCUAGCAUAGUGGGAUCUUAACUGUGCUGGUUCAUGAUACAAAGGCAAAUAGUACAAAUGGCAAAAGGCCAUUACUUUAAGGAGUUUGGAUUAUAAGAGUAAGCAAGUCUUGCCACAGUUAUUACGCUCUUGAGUACUCUUGUAUUAUAUGCCCUAGAAAUGGGAAGAAGGAAUAAUACUUCACCAGAGGGUUAGGGCAGCCUUAAUAAUGCACUCAUAGUAGAAAUAGCCUUGUUCAGGAGAGAAGUCUUUAGUGAUACAGUACAAUAUAUGGAAUUUUAUAAGGGACAGAACUAGAAGUCAUUGUCCCAUGGUAAAUGACAGGCCAUUUCAGAAUGAUCCACGUAAAGUUUCUUAUUAAGAAAGUUGUAAAUAUCUGAAAUUAUUAAUUUCUGCCAAAGUAAAUGUCUGAACUAAAUAAAAUGAAAAGGAAACCAUAACCAAUGAGCAUUAUGCAAACUGAACUCUGCAAUAACAUUUAAUCAGAAAUGGCUUGCAAUUUUAAAGAUAAAUAUUUUGAAAUAUACAAAUUCAAUAAUCAAGUUUUAUGCCUUUUGCUUUGCCUUAGAAAUUAUCAUAAAAACAAAAUACUUGAAUGAGUAAACCAUAAUGCCAGUAUUAAUUUCUACAGUAACACACAGAGCUGAAGGGUCUUUUGCUGAAAGGUCGACUCCUUACUCCUUUUCAUAGAUGCUGCCUGACCUGCUGAAUUUCUCCAGCAUUUUGUGUGUGCAUUACUCUAGACUUCCAGCAUCUGCAGAAUCUCGUGUAUCAUUUUAUUUUCUGCAGACUUUGGUAUUGUUUUGCCAUAUAUUUGACAGGUAUAAUUCAACAGCAUUUCUUCUCAUUCAAUUCAUGCAUACAUACAAUGAAAAGUUUAAAGUCAUGCAAAAUCAAACUAUCUACCAGAAACUAAAAGUAUAGUUGUUUUAUCAUCUGACAAUGGAAAGUGAUUAUUUUGGUAGGUUUAGUUUUUUAAAACUAAAAUUAAUUUUAUGAAUAAUAGUUAUUGAGAUGAUCAGAUCAUUAAAAUUUAUUAAUAUGCAGGAAUUAAGGAAAAAGCAACUUUUACUGGUCCAAAUGUGCCCAUAAUCCAGCAAAGUUCCCCAUGUUUAAGUAGUGUACACUGGUGCACAUUUUCUUAUGAUCCAGAGAAGUGUCUCCAGUCUCCGUAAUUAUUUAAUUCUUUAGUGUGGCAAUGGACCCUGACUUCUCCAUUCUCCUGGCCCAGAGUGAGCUGGGGGAGUCUGCAGAACUUGAACAGUUCUUCAACUUUUAGCUAUGAUGCAUUGCCCCAUAAAACUCUUUGCUAUAUCAGCAUAUAGCGAAGUCAUCAGGUGCCUUCUACAACGAUAGAUAGUAAGUGACACUAGGGUAAAUAUAAACCAUGCCAGUUUCUAUAAAUAUGUAGGUUAUUGACAGAUAUAUAACAACAUUUAAUAUUGUUUAAGAUUUGUAUGUAAACUAUCAAUUUCUGAUUGGUUAGCAGUUAUGCAACGAGAGAAGCUAUGGUGCAAUAAAAAGUGGAAUGAUGAAACAGAUCAGCUUAACAUCUACCUAUAAUGUGACAAAUUUGAACUUAAGUGGAAUCUGUGGUACACAUUUUGAAAUUUGUGAUAUGCAUGUUGGAACUUGUGCAUUUCUUUGUGCUGCUAGGUAGUAUUCAAAUUUGAUUUUGGGGAUGACUGUUGAUUGAAAUCUGAUACUGAAAUCAGAUUAUAUAAUUUGCUCUAUCAUCUGAUGAAGAAGGUUGUAAUAACCAUGCCAGUUAAUUUCAGACUAGCAAAUGUUUUAAAGUCUGCUCGGGUAAUAAAUGUCUAAAAUCAUAAACAAUCUGCCUCGGAAGAAAUUCAAACUGCCUUGAAAGUAAAAACUCCGACAUGCUGGUGCUGGUUGUUUAUUGGGGCAUUACGUGAGAAAUAAUGAGAUGUGGAUAAAUAUGUUAUUAAAAUUUCUGAAGCUUUGAACUGUUCAGAUAGUCAUUGACACCAGACAAUAGCUCUUUACAUAAAGUUCAAUUGUUUCAAAGGAAGAAACAUAGGAAUGACCUAUUGAGCUCAAUUGAAACUUGUUUAAUUUAGUGCAUUACAAAUUGCUACAGAAAAGGAAGAUGCUAUACUGUAUAGUGUCCUCACUAGAGGUUAAAUUGCUUGAAAGUGCAACAUUUUUCAUUGUUUCUUUUUAAACAUUUAUGCUACCUGUUAAAAUCUUAGCAGCACACCAUCAUGAGCUUGCCAAGUCUGAAGUAUUCAGGUCUUGUAUUUUCUAUGACUAAUGUUUAGUUUCUGUUUUCUAGAACUUUAGCACAAGUAACCGUUCUUUGCCUCAAGAAUUUUGCAUUUAAAAUCUUUGACUAAUUUCACAAGGAUUAACCCAAUACUUUUAUUAUGCCAAUGGAAUGCUUUAACUAACCUGUUCAUUCUUUUCAGCUUUGCAACCCCCUGAUUAGCCAUCAAAUUGUGUAACACUUGUUUGGUAUCUAUGCAACACUUGUAAUAUAACAAAGUAAUUCACAAUGAUGUGAAGAUGAUUUAUAAUUGUUUUGAUUAACCAAAUAAAUAUGCUUUGGCAGUGAGAGUUUGCCUUGUACUGCUUUUCCAUUUUUAAUUAUGUCCUUAAAUAUCUUUGUUAACUCCUCACCAUACACUAAAACAUAUUCAAACUUCUCUCCAGUUCCCUGUGCAAGUUACAGUGUAUUUCUCACUCUUCCUCCACCCCCCC